UGGCGCGCGCCCGCCAGUCAUACAUACAGAUUUCAACGCGCUACGAAGUGACGACUUCCUAUAUACAGCUCGGUGCUGUCGAGUACGUUUCGUGACUUGAUUUUUUUUUGCCGUGAAAUGAAUCUCGCGAACGAAUUCUUCGAGUGAACUUUGUGAGUGCGUAAAUCGUUGUGCAGAUCGGUAAGAGCAAACAAAUAUAAGCGUGGUCCGCGGAGAGCCAGAAUUGCCGUGCCGACAGAUCGGCAUGGCAUCGGCGCUCGAGAUCGUCAGAUGAGCACCGCACUGAUAAACAAUUGGAUCGUACCGUACAUCAGGAUGCAGGAGAAGCAAAAACUCGGCUUCAGCCGAGCCUUCAUGUGCUGCACCAACAUUAUUUUUCUCAUAUCGGGCUUCGUGCUGAUGUCUCUGGGCGCCCUGCUGCUGGCCGACAGCGAGCGAGUCCUGAUGUCGCGUCUGCUGGGCGGCAGCGACACCUGGCCCGAGCAGCCUCUCUUCUACUACGUGGCCCUGGGCGUCGUGGGCCUCGGCUUCUUCAUAGCCUGCUGCGGCCUGCUCGGAUGCUGGGUCUCGUGCCUGCGCAACUGCUGCAUCACCGUUUCCUACGCCGCGGUCAUAGUGGUACUGCUGGUGUCCAAGUGCGCGCUCUGCCUCGUGGUGGUAUUCUGGCCGCACCUCGUCUGGGUCGACGUACGCGCGGCCCGACUGCUGCGGGCCCUGCAGCGCAGCUACGCCCUUCCGGGCCGAGAGCAGCUCACCGCCGCCCUCGAUCUCGCUCAGACUUCCUUCUCGUGCUGCGGCAUAAACGGCAGCAACAAUUACGGCACAUCCUGGUGGCGUCUGCAGGAGCUCGGCCGUCGGGAGCUCGUCGUGCCGCUGAGCUGCUGCAAACUCAACAACACCCUCGAGCCCGAGGCGUUUCUCAAUCCUCAACCCCAGAAUCUCAGCCUCUGCCAAUCUCUGAAUCCGGCCGAGCAUCAGCUGGCUCGUCACACCUUCGGCUGCCUCGAAUCGAUCGAGAAUUGGGUGCAGGAUCAGACUCUGGUCGUGCUGGGAAUCGGUCUGCUGGUCGUGCUGGUCGAGCUGUUCGCUCUGAUGAGCACGCUGCUGGCCUGCUCGCGCCUCAAGAGCGUCAUGAAUCAGCGGGCCAGAAACAGCCACAGCGGCAGCGGCAGCAACAACAACAAAGCGGCGGCCGCAAACACCUGCGUCCAGACGGCGUCUACCUUCACGUCGACGCAGACUUUGGGGCCAGAUACGUUCGGCAACGAGGACGCGCACGAUUACGGUAUGUCCGGCUACUGCACUAAUCUUGAGAGCCGCUUGAUGAUGGCUGGGACGAACAAUACCUUCAACGCCGGCCUCAUCAAUAACAAUCACAAGUCUUGAAGGUGGCUCGAGGACA